UGUGUGCGUGUGUGGGGGAGCGCAUGCGUCCAUUUGACGUUGAAUCGCGAGCGGAGAACUGCGUGUGCGCAUCGCUGCGGAAAAGACAUCAACGCGUUCACUUAAUUAUUUUCAUAUUAAUUUUUUUUAUACAAAUGUGUGCUCGUGCGAAGUGUUAAUAUGACUUAAUUGUAUCGUAAAAUAAAUAGUUGAAAACAUAAAUUAUUAUAUUAAAAUGGCUCGUCUAUCGCGAGUUUUUCUUUUCGCGGCUUUAGUUGCGCUCCUGAAAGCAGAUGAUGAAUUAAAAGACUUUGAAUUCAGUGAUCCUGAUGAGGUGAUGAUUGCGCAGGAGUCUAGACAAUACCAGACUGUAGUAAAGCCUCCUGUUAGGAUAGUGAAGCCUACUGGAGUGACAAAUUCACAUAGACCUCAGUACAAUUUGGAUUCUUUUGAAGAUAGGUCUCAGGAUACUGUGGAGGAGUAUGAUAACUCACCACGAAGGAGUUUGGUGAAGAACUAUAAAUCGUCUCAUAAGAUAAGAGCUAAGGAAGGGAUGGUAAAGGAUGCUGUGUUGAGGGCGUUAGAGCGGAAGGACCAUGUGGGCAAGUUUGCACAGAUCCUGCCCAUCAUCAGAGCGAUGUCUGGAAACCAGAGGGUAGCACUAGCGUCAUUGGUUUCCAGCCAAGUUAGUACUCCACCUGGAAGGGCGCCCCUGAAUUUAGCACAGGUGAGAUCAAUGUUCGGUAACAGUGACAACACAACAGACCUUAUGCUACCAAUACUCUUAGACAUGGCUAACUUAAUACGAAGAGCAGUCAGGUCAGGGAAGGAACCACGAGAAGUGAAACAACCUUAUGAUCCUCAACCACAGUUACUCAGACGAUCGUUCACAGAGGAGUCAGAGUUAGAUGAUGAGCCUUUUGAUAUGGGGGAUGAGACUACAACACCUAGAAUUCGUAGAAUACUCCCAAGAAACCACACUAACAAGCCUAACACUGGAGACAGAGUUCAGAACACGAUACAAAAAGAAAUUAAUAACGUUACCAACACUAAAGUUGAUAACUCUACGACUUCAACAACAACAACAGAAGCAACCACUCCUCUGUCAACUAGUAAAAGCAGAGCAACAAUAACAUCGAGAAUUGACAAUGGGACUUUGGACCUUACAGCUGAGUCCACAAACCAAACACUGGCUCAAGAUCUACCAGUGGCAGAGAAGUUGAGAGCUUUGAGCAGAUACACUGAUAGAAAAGGUUCAUCAUUCCGCCGCGGUGUUUACCAGCCAAAGCCUCCAUCGUUGAUUCGCCGCACCACUCCAGAGCCAGCCGCCACGCCGCCUUCCAUUCCCAAGAGAAGACAGAUUCCGCCCAGAAAGCUGCCCACGUCAGCUGCAGAUCCUAACAAGUGUGAACUGUUUACCAACAGUUUGUGUCUGCAUUCUGAGGAUUAUCCAACUGAAGCCAUCGUACAAUCAAUACGGCGCAACAAGGCGGCCGCAGCAGCUCUGCUGGCUGACUACAAGGACCCUGGCGAGGGCGUGGUGGAUGGCGUCACGGCGGCACAGGAGGCCAAGUACAAUGAGCAGCAUUAUCUCGUAUCCAAUAGACGAGGUGACACAGCCAACCGUGACUUCGCGGGAGCAGGCGAGGCUGGCUUCAUGUGUCCCAGCACUGUGAAGUACGCCAGGCCGCAGCGCGCGAGGGCCACCUCUGGACAGUGGAAGUACAUCGUCAACACUGGAGAGCAUACACAGACCCUGAGAUUGGAGAAGUGCUUAAAACCCAAAGAGUCCUGCACCUAUUUGACGGAUAACUUCAAAUCAAAAUGUGUUCAAGUGUACAACUACCAUAGGCUACUGACUUGGGAUCAGCAGAACGGAUUGCAUAUGGAUAUAUUUAAGGUUCCAACGUGUUGUUCCUGUCACAUUGAGGGCUAUAGCGUAUCCUUCCCACCACUGGGUCACAGACUCCACGAAACCUCAUCAGAACACUUCCCAGGCGAAGAUUUGUCUUCAGAAACUGGAAACCAUGCCUUUGAGAAUGUACAAUCUACGAUACAAAAACCUAAAAUCAAAUCACCACCAUUCACUCAUAAGAAGCCUUUAGAAUCUUUCCCACCGUUCACUGAUACUCAGAAUUUGAUACCUGGUAGUCCAUUCACCAAACAUAAUGACAAUGAAGACUCCGUGCCAGGAAACCCAAUAGAUUCUUAUGGAAACACAUAUUUCCCAGACUCCUUCAAUCAAGCCAGCUCAAUCAGACAAAUUAAACGGCCACUUCUAGCCAGAAAUCCAUCUCAAACAAACUUUGAAGAAGUAACUUUACCGAGUUACUUAGAACCUCCUACUCCAGCAGCAGGUUCCUCGUUCAACAACUUUAUUAAAGACACAUCACCUAAAUUUAAAAUUCCUGGAAGCCAAUUUAAGAGGACUGCUAGACCGAAUCCGCCAUCACGAAGACCGAUCAGAAAGAAGAUUGCUGGUGGGCCAGACGAUUUGAUGUCAUCAGGAUCUCAAGCAGUCGAAUAUCCUCCAAACAGCACUGGAGAUUCAGCAGAAGAAAAUGAUUAUGAAGAGCCUGACAUUGGACAAGCGACUUCAGUGAACACUCCGAAACCAAGAGUGACAAUAGCACCAAAACUCCCAGCUCUGACAACAGAGAAAAUAACACCAGCACACAAACAGAGGGAACCUAGUAAUAACAAUAAUGAAAAUUUUACUUCAAACGGUAAAAGAGUAAAUUAUAACUACCAUCCAAUUAUAGACUUCUUUGACGAAGACAAAGCUAUGGAGACAGAAGAAUCUAUAGACAGAGAAGACAUAGAACCUAGCUUUAUACCAAGCGAAGAAUCUGAAUGGAAACCCAUAAACCACCCUCCUUCUAGAGAUAGUCAAAUAAAUACUGUUGGUAGGAAAAAACAUAAAUGAAAUGCUUAAAGUGUAAGUAAAAUAUUAAUUACGGUGAUGUUAUCAUAUUGAUGAAUAGUUGCAGGUAAUAAGAAAAACAAUUAUUCAUGUUUUUGUCUAGAAUUAUUGUGUAUUAAAGUUAGAACGAGCGAUUGAGACGAUGUUUCCGCUGAUGUAAUAUUAAUAUACUAAACUUAUAUGAAAGAAAUUAUCAUAUUGAUAAAAAGAAAAUGAAUUAUAAUACCAAUUUUAGAUUUCAUGUGAAUUCGACUCGUGCCUACUAUCUUCAGGCUAUCUUUUAAAGUGCUUCGCAGUUUCCUUAGACAAAACGGGUAUUAAGAUUGCAUCAGCCAUUCUAUAAGUUAUCGGUCUUGGUUGCUUGUCUAAACUCUCCCAGUUUAGUUAUAUAGUACAUAGCCUAAGUACCACAAUAUUGUAAACUUUCAUCAUCCAACGAAACCAAAACAAAGUUGCAAUGUAAAUUGUUAAUAUUUAUUUAUUGUUUAAUUAUUAUUAUUUUAUUGUAAUUUAUUUAAAUUAUUUAUAAGUUGAAUAGCAGUAAGUUUCUUGUAAAUUAUAAGGUUUCAAAGACUUGCCACUGGAAUAAAAAUUUGAUA